GCGGAUGGACGUCUACUGGACAGUGUCGGCCCGCCUCUUAGCCGCCUCCGUCACCUCCACAUCCGCCUCCGUCGCCGCCUCCUCCUCCUCCUCUGCCGCCUCCGCAACCGCAUCUUCCUCCUCCUCUUCCUCAUCCUCAUCCUCCUCUUCCUCCUCGGACUCGACACCUCCGCCCCCCGAGCCCACCCUCAGCGAACGCGAGCAGAUCCGGAACGAGUUCUAUAAAACAUACGAUGUCAUGACUGGGGUUCGAAUAGCAGCCACACUGGGCGGUUUCUUCGGGCUGAUGGUGUUGCUGGUGGUGUACAAGAGCAAGUGCAAGUCGCGGACGCUGAGCGACGAGCACCUGGAGGCAGCUGUGGCGGCCGCCGUGGAGCAGGCGUCGGGGGGCCUGGGGGUGGUCUUGGAGGCGGGGCCGAAGAGGAGAAGCGACUGGCCUUGGAGUCUGCUGAACGCGCCAGUGGUUCGGAGGCCACCCUACUGCCGACGGCCGCGUAUUAGACAGAACAGCAUUUCGAUGGAAGACGAAGACGAGGAUGAAGACGAUGACUACCCCCACCACUUCCUGCGUGUGCCGAACAGCAGACGCACGUCGCGACGCCUGAGCUCCAUCACGUGUUCGAGCGCCGACACCUCCUACCUGGAGCGACGCGGGUCUGCUGUGGAGGUGGGCUUGCCCCCUCCGCCACCCUCUGCCAUCGGUGGCCGAAGGGGCACCACGCACCAGCCCCCCAUCAGCCGGGGGGCCGGAUGGGACUUCUACUAUCCCAUCGAUAUACAGGUAAUCCAGCCAACACCCGACAUCUCGAGUGAGAGCGAGGGUUCGCUGUACGCACGCGUGCUGGACAUUGAGCAGUCCUGUUCACGGCUGACGCCUGGGGGUGGUCUGUGUGUGCCGGGGGCGCGCUUGGCCCCCCUGGCGUCCAUUGGCAGCAGUUGCGCCAUCACCGCCACCGACGUCUCAGAAAUGGAUGGCGCUUCCGCUGCCCCCACUCACUCCUUGGGCUCAGAUUCCGUGUUCCUCGACGAAGAAUGCAUGGACACCGAAGAUGAAGCCGAGGACUUCUCCACGGACAGCGACCUGGACACAGACUAUGAGGAUGGUGAAGUGAGCAGUCGGCGCUCGCUUAACGCCACUGAACGCUUCGGCAACAUCACACCCUCCAACGUCCCGUUCGCCGAACACGUGCAACCGACACACUACCCGCGAACGCUCGCUGGACGCUGGCACAGCAACCAGAUCAACCGACGCUAUUCGUCGCCCAGUUGCAACAGCCUCCGAAGGACUAUCCAAUCCAGUCGGUCUUGUAGUGAGUUCGACAAAACGGUCACUAAUCGACCUCCGCUACCGCUACCAGGUGGCCAUAGUUCGCCCUCAAGUGACAGUCUGACUCUGGGUGCCAUCUGCGAAUCGAAAGCUAGUUAUCCGUCAAUGGUUGCAAGAGGGCAGACAACUCCUAGAUCAACUGUUGAUCCCAGUGUGGGGUCCAGUAACAGUGCAACUCUGCGAUCAUCUGUGGCGUCUGGUGUAACUUUAGGCUCGAUAGUUGCCGCUAAUGGUUGUGGAUCAACAGUUGCAGGCGUUCCACAAGGUGCAACUUCAGGAACAACAAGUGGUGCCACUUUGGUUGCCUCAGGUGGAGUGAGUUCUGGAUCAACAGCUGCCUCACAUGGUGCAACUUUGGGAUCAACAGGUGCAACUUUGGGAUCAACAUCUGCCUCAAGUGUUGCAACAGUUGCAGCUUUGGGAUCAACAGGUGCAACUUUGGGAUCAACAUCUGCCUCAAGUGUUGCAACAGUUGCAGCUUUGGGAUCAACAGGUGCAACUUUGGGAUCAACAUCUGCCUCAAGUGUUGCAACAGUUGCAGCUUUAGGAUCAACAACUGGUGCAACCUCAAAAGGCGCAGCUCUACGUUCCUCAAGCGCUGCAACUCUCCGGUCAACCUUCUCGACAGGUUCAACAGUUGCACGCCGCAAGUUGUGCAACUCAACGUCGUCAUCUGGUGCAACUAGUGGCAGUGACCAGUUGAUCCUGCGCCCUUACACAAGUUGCGACCACCUGGUGAAAGCACUGCAGUCCCAGGAUAGGCUGAGUGGGUCCUCAGCCGGGCUUCAUGCUAGUGUUGAGAAUUGUUCUUGGUCGCAGGAGACUCUGUUUUAGGGUGGAGGCUAUAGAAACGGGUUCAUUCAUUCAUGAGUUGAGUGUGAAACAGUGUUAUAAGGUACAGUUGUCUCUAGCCUAUGUUCAACCUUGGAGGAAAUAUAACAUAAGAAGAUAUCCCAUUGUAUAAUUGAACCCCAUGGGAAAUUGGAAAUUGUUAGGCUUAACUCACACCUAAGCGACUCAGGUCGAGAAGAGACUGGACUCUAGUCGAGAGCAUGUGUUUUCAAAUGGGUGACGUCGCGGAGACUAGAAUCGACUGGUCUGAGUGUCACCAUUUGGAAACACAUGCUCUCCACUAGAGUCCAGUCUCUUCUCGACCUGAGUCGCGUAAGUGUGAGUUGAGCCUAAAGUGAGUUGAUCUAAAUUUGUCUCGAGAAAACAUGCUUCAGACAUAGAGAAAAGAUAGCAUAAGAAGAUGAUAUAUCUCACUGUAUAGUGUGUUUAUGUACCAGUUCCCAAUGUUAACUCAAGCCGAUAGUCCUAGUAGUUCUUUUUCGUUAAGCUAUGUGACGAUGGUAGUCUCUCAAACUGUGCCGUUCUUACAAUCUCACCCGACCAAAACAGUAAUA